AUGUCUGGUAUCGCUACAUCUCGACUUUCGGAAGAGCGAAAGGCCUGGAGAAAAAACAAGCCGUAUGGAUUCGUCGCCCGACCAACAAAAAAUACCGACGGAACGAUGAACUUGAUGAAUUGGGAGUGCGCGAUUCCUGGCAAGAAAGGAACCCUUUGGGAGGGAGGCCUCUACAAGAUCAGAAUGAUUUUCAAAGACGAUUAUCCCAGCUCUCCACCUAAAUGUAAAUUUGAACCACCGCUGUUUCAUCCAAACGUCUAUCCCUCCGGCACGGUUUGCCUCUCCAUCCUUGACGAAGAAAAGGACUGGCGCCCAGCAAUCACAAUCAAACAGGUUCUUUUGGGAAUCCAAGAUCUGCUGACGGAGCCGAAUGUUAAUGACCCUGCACAAGCUGAUGCCUACACUUCAUAUACUACCAAUAAGGUCGAAUACGAGCGCCGAGUCCGCGAGCAAGCAGCGCAAUUCCGCAACCAGUGA